AUGCCGUACACAAAACGUCGCAAAAACCCUCAAGAGGCAAGCUCCAACGUUCGCCGCGCAGCUCGGGGCGAGAAGCUUGUGGAAGUUGAUAUCAGCGACCCUUGUAUAUGCGUUGUCGGUGUGGGGUUUGUCGGCGAGGCUCUCCUUCGCGAAUUUGGGCAUAAAUUCAGAUCAAUCGGCUUCGACAUCUCCAAUGACCGUAUCGAGGAGCUACGUUCUCUGCUAAAGGGAUACACGAACAUUACCCUCACAACAAACAAGGAUGCACUGGCGAGCGCAACCCACUAUCUGAUUUCGGUCCCGACUCUUCUGAAAGAAGACCGCUCUGUCGACCUUUCUCAUCUCCUCUCCGCCAUCACCAUGGUCUUGUCCUAUGCCCGGCCAGGCUGCGUCAUUGUCAUUGAAUCCAGUGUUUCCGUAGGCACCACACGCCAGAUAUUUGGACCUUAUCAAGGGAUCUUUCACUGCGGCAUGUCUCCCGAGCGGGUCGACCCUGGUCGCAUUAUCCCCACGGCUAAAGAGGUGCCGAAAAUUGUCUCUGGUCUGACAACGAAAUCCCUGGCCGCCAUAAAAAAUAUCUACGCUCAGGCAUUCGAUCAUAUCGUGCCGGUCAGCAAACCAGAAGUUGCCGAAAUGACGAAGCUGUUUGAAAAUUGCUACCGCAUGGUCAACGUUGCGUAUGUCAACGAGAUGGCAGACGCGGCGCGAUCGCAUGGGGUGGAUCCAACGGAGAUGAUUCAAGCGGCCUCCUCAAAGCCAUAUGGAUUCACACCUUUCCAACCAGGUCUAGGUGUCGGAGGUCAUUGUAUCCCAAUCAACCCCUUCUACCUCUUCGCCAACAACAAGCACUUGCCAGUGCUCGAAAAGGCAACUGCAAAGAUGUGGCAGCGGCCAGUCAAGGUCGCUCGCAGCGUCCACCGUCGCAUCACCACAAUGACUAAAGGAAAGCCGCCGCGUAUCCUGGUAGUUGGGAUGGGUUUCAAGCCAGGGCAAUCCGUUCUGUCUUGUUCACCAGGUCUGGCGUUUGCAGAGAAGCUUCGUGACCUGGGAUGCGCUCGUUUGACGUUCUACGACCCCCUCGUCCCACAGGACCACAUCCGUUGGAUGGAAAAGCUGAAGGAAGAGGAUUGGAACCAGCAGAUUAUCGAUGAGCAAUUCGACGCUGUGGCCAUAUGCGUGCGGCAGACUGGUGUUAAUUUCAAAGUAACGGAAAUGCUGCAGAGAGCAAAGGUUCAUGCUUUCCAAUAA